AUGUCGUCUAGGGCAUUGCGAAAGCUGCAGAAGCAGCGUGAAUUAGAAGCACAGGUGCAGUUUGAGAAGGAUCAAGAAAGCUCAAACGAUGAGGAUGCCAAAGUGGCCGCUCCAAAGGCCAAGUUAAAUGCAUUUGACUUGCUGAAUGCCGCCACCGCUGCUGAAGACGAUGAAGAGGAAGACGAUGAAGAUGAUGAGAAAGGCUUAGAAUAUGAGUCAAAAGCAGAGACACAGCACAAACCACUAGCUUCGGUCUCAACAAGCAACACAAAAGAGGCCUCGAAGAAGAAGAAAAAGAAGAAGAAGAAACAAAAGCGGGAGACCACGGCGCCAAGGCCGGUUUCUGAGGCAGAAAAAGUAGCUGCAGAGGAAGAGCUGGAUGAUAUUGAUCGAGCUCUCAGAGAUCUAUCAGUGAAGAAUGGCGCUUACGCCACCUCGAGCGAGCAACACAAACCGGCAGUCAGUGACCAGGGUAACUUGUUCGCAAAGUCGCCUGAAGAACUUCUUGCCAUCGAACCCAAGUCACUGAACGCAAUAAAUGAAAUGCGAAAGCUUUUCGGUAAUGUUGUGCUUGAGUCAUUCGAGGAGCAGGAGACGGCUGGGUCUGGACGACGAAGAGAACGGCAACGAGAAAUGAUCGACCUGGGAAAAGCAUUAAGUGGUCGCUAUAGCCCUGCGAGCAGGGGACAGAGUCUCGCUGGAGUGACUUUGAGGAAAAACAUACUCAUGCAAGGCAAAGACGAAUGGCCGAGGACCACCAGUGGAGGCCUUGGAAUGGAACUCGUCGAGAAACUGGCAAAUGGCAACAGUCUGUACCGGCUUGUGCACAAUAAAGCUUAUGAGGAUAUUCAGAUGCAGUUUGAAAUGUGUGUGGAGUCGAUGGAUCCUCAGAGGCUGAUUCACCUCCUACAAUACAACCCAUACCACUUAUCAACGUUGCUCCAAGUCUCCGAAAUAGCCAAACAUCAGAGCGACCACGCCGUCUCAGCUGACCUCCUGGAAAGAGCAUUGUUCAAUAUCGGGCGCUCAGCCCACUCGUCUUUUGGCGCCCAGCUCCAGGCAGGCAAGGCGAAACUGGAUUUCAUGCAAACCGAAAAUCGGGAAUUGUGGCUCACUGUAUGGAGGUACAUUGCAAAUCUUGGAAUGAAAGGAACAUGGCGCACCGCCUACGAAUGGGCCAAGCUGCUUUUGAGCCUCGACACAGAUGACCCGUAUUGUAUGAGACUGGUUAUUGACCAUCUAGCUCUGCGAGGCCGGCAGUACGAACAUUUUAUCUCGCUUUGUACCGAGACCGUGUUCAGGGAAGAUUGGGCAUCAUACCCCAACAUUCAGUGUUCACUAUCAUUAGCAUAUCUACGCCUAAACAAACCAAAGGAGGCUCGUCAGCAACUCCGAUUGGCGAUGUCUCGUUAUUCAUGGAUAUUCAGCCGGUUGGCUCAGGAGUUGGAUUUGCAACCCAUCCCCAAGCGGAUAUGGGGGAAAAUGCCACCGGCACAGUCUCAUGAACUGCUCACUGAGCUGUAUGUAUCCCGGGCCAAAGAUCUCUGGAACACUCCCGAAGUUGUCUCGCUCCUGGUGGAGAUAGCAGAAACUCUUUCCGACAAAGAAGAGCCUCUUGAGCCGCCAGAGAUUUCUCUAGAUAUUGCGCGCCAUGUCGUGCUGUCCGAUAUUCCACGGGUUACAACCCAUCUUCCAACUCGGUUUACAACAGGCAGAAUAUCGGCUUCCGACCCCCUCCCGCCAUAUGAAUCUGAGGCUCACCGCCAGCAGUCCGACCCGGUGCCAUCCUAUAUAUCACGAGUCCCCGAUCUUCUCCAACCGCAGUGGUUGAGGGAUUUGCUCGGGCGCAUGAAUAUCGAUGUAGAAGGGCUCCAUGCGGCAGAGCACGAUCUUGCUGACGACGAAGAGGCCGAGGCCAACGAAGGAACACCGGAUCUGGGGUCUAUUGAUGGCGAAAACACUAGAGACUCUUCAACUCCGCCUUCCAGCGACAACCAAGAGGCGCUCAGGCAGUGGCUGCUUGGCGCUGGCGUGCUGCAUCUCCGGAGUUUUCUGUUCCAUCACGGCGUAGAUCGCGGGAACUGGGGCGAAGGCGUAGAUGACGAGUCUUUGAGGAACUAUAUCGAGGGUCUCAUGAGGAUCGACCCGUGGGAGGAUAGAGAGGAUCUACUCUAUGGGCCAAUUCAGGAUCUUGUAGGCGAAAUGGUGGUAGAUCUUCUUGAAUCUGAGUGCCAGAUGCACCCGGACUACUAG